AAAUGUGAGAUACUUAUGCCAAUUUUUCUUCCCUUGAUACAGGAAUGGGUAGGACAAGUGGAAAUAAGUGCCCUUUCUCUUAUGUACAGGAAAGAUUUUGUAAUAUAUCAGGAGCCAAAUGUUUCACCUUCACAAGUAACUGAAAAUAAUUUUCCCGAAAAGGUGUUACUGUGUUUUUCGAAUGGAAAUCAUUAUGAUAUUGUCUAUCCUAUAACAUAUAAAGAUAGUUCUGCUAUGUGUCAGUCUCUCCUUUAUGAAUUGCUGUAUGAGAAGGUAUUUAAAACUGAUGUUAGUAAAGUCAUGAUGGGACUGGAAACAUCUGAAGGGGCUGCUGAAAGCAGUAGUGAAAUAUCAGAUUCUGAGGAUGACAGCUGCAAGAGUAAGAGUACAGCUGCUGCUACUGAUGUGAAUGGAUUUAAGCCUUCAGGCAGUGAGAACCCAGAGAACAAUGGGAAUGUGGCUGACCUUCCUCUGUCCAGAAAGGUUCUUAAGUCACUCAACCCAGCAGUCUAUAGAAAUGUGGAGUAUGAAAUUUGGCUGAAGUCCAAACAAGCUCAACAGAAACGUGAUUAUUCCAUUGCUGCUGGAUUACAAUACGAAGUUGGAGAUAAAUGCCCUGUUAGAUUGGAUCAUAAUGGAAAAAUUUCUAAUGCAGACAGUCAUGGCAUUCACUCUGAGAAUGGACCAGUUUUAUCAGAAGAACCGGGAAAAAAACAUACACUGAAGAACCUCAAGCCACCUCCCCCAGAAAGCUGGAACACAGUGUCAGGAAAGAAGAUGAAAAAGUCUAAUUCAGAUAUGGAUUACAGAGGGCCAAAGAGUCUAAGCAAGCCAAUAAAAGCUCCAUCAGCACUACCUCCUCGACUACAGCAUCCUUCUUCGGGUGUAAGACAGCAUGCAUUCUCUAGUCAUUCUUCAGGGUCCCAGUCUCAAAAAUCCUCCAGUGAGCAUAAGAAUCUAAGUAGGACACCCUCACAGAUCAUAAGAAAACCUGAUCGUGAAAGAGCUGAGGAUUUUGAUCACAUGAGUCGUGAAUCUUACUAUUUUGGCCUCUCCCCAGAAGAACGCAGAGAGAAACAAGCUAUUGAAGAGUCUCGUUUAUUGUAUGAGAUUCAGAACCGGGAUGAACAGGCUUUUCCUGCCCUUUCUAGCCCAUCAGUCAGUCAGUCCCCUCAGAAUAGCAACUCAGGUGUCCAGAGGAAGUCUUCACAUGCAAGGGAUAGAAAAGGAAGCAUGCGGAGAACAGAUGCUGAAGAACGGAAGGACAAAGAUUCCCUACGUGGCCAUACUCAUGUGGAUAAAAAACCCGAGUCAAGCACACUGGAGGUCAGUGAUGAUAAAUGUACAAGAGUUUCAUCACCAUCUAAGACAAAGAAAGUAGACUGCCCAUCUCCUGUAGAACAAAAGCCAGCAGAACAUAUAUCUUUGUCAAAUCCAGCUCCCCUUUUAGUCUCUCCAGAAGUCCAUCUCACUCCUGCGGUGCCUUCUUUACCAGCCACUGUGCCAGCCUGGCCAAGUGAACCUACAACUUUCGGACCAACAGGUGUCCCUGCUCAGAUUCCCAUUUUGUCAGUGACACAGACAACUGGACCCGAUGCUGCUGUGUCACAAGCGCAUUUAACACCUUCUCCAGUUCCUGUGUCAAUUCAGGCAGUUAACCAGCCCUUGAUGCCUUUGCCUCAGACGAUGAGCCUUUAUCAAGACCCACUCUAUCCUGGGUUUCCUUGUAAUGAGAAGGGAGACCGAGCCAUUGCACCACCUUACUCACUGUGUCAGACCGGUGAGGACCUGCCGAAAGAUAAGAACAUUCUUCGAUUCUUCUUCAAUCUUGGUGUAAAGGCAUAUAGUUGUCCUAUGUGGGCUCCACAUUCUUACCUGUAUCCUCUGCACCAGGCCUACAUGGCAGCCUGUAGGAUGUACCCAAAGGUCCCUGUUCCUGUGUAUCCUCAGAAUACUUGGUUCCAAGAAGCCCCUCCUGCUCAGAGUGAAAGUGACUGUCCUUGUCCUGAUGCCCACUACUCUAUGCAUCCCGAGGCCAGUGUUAAUGGACAGAUGCCACAGGCAGAGAUUGGACCUCCUGCAUUCUCCUCACCUCUGGUUAUCCCUCCGUCUCAGUCUCAGGUGUCUGAAGGUCAUGGACAAUUGUCUUACCAACCUGAACUUGAGUCUGAGAAUCCCGGGCAACUUCUUCAUGCUGAAUAUGAAGAAUCACUAAGUGGCAAGAACAUGUACCCACAACCGUCCUUUGGACCUAACCCGUUCUUAGGUCCUGUUCCUAUUGCACCUCCUUUCUUUCCUCAUGUUUGGUAUGGGUAUCCAUUUCAGGGAUUUGUAGAAAAUCCUGUCAUGAGACAGAAUAUUGUCUUGCCCUCUGAUGAGAAAGGGGAACUGGAUUUGCCCUUGGAGAAUCUAGAUCUGUCAAAAGAAUGCGACUCUGUCCCGGCAGUGGGUGAGUUUCCGGAACCCAGAGUUGAAGCAAGUGUGAGCAGCAAGCAUGAAGGCCGAGUGGAACAGUCAUCCCAGACACGAAAGGCAGACAUUGCUUUGGCUUCAGGUUCUCCUGGAACAGAGGGAAAGGCUCAUCCUCCCACUCAGAUUCUAAACAGAGAAACCAUGUCUGCUGAACUUGAGCCUAAGAGGACCAUUCAGAGUGUGAAAGAAAAACCAGAGAAAGUGAAAGAUCCUAAGGCUGCUGCUGAUGUAGCUGGCCCUGGGGCCAACUCUGUGGAUAGAUUGCAAAGACCAAAAGAAGAGAGUUCAGAAGAUGAGAAUGAAGUGUCUAAUAUAUUGAGAAGUGGCAGACCCAAGCAGUUCUAUAAUCAAACUUAUGGAAACAGGAAAUACAAAAGUGAUUGGGGUUCUUCUGGUAGAGGUGGAUAUCAACAUGUGAGAGGCGAGGAGCCCUGGAAAGGGCAGCCUAACAGAAGCCGGGAUGAAGGUUUUCAGUACCAUCGAAACGCUAGAGGACGUCCAUAUAGGGGAGAUAGGAGGAGAUCAGGGAUGGGAGAUGGCCACAGGGGACAGCAUACUUAAUGCUAAUUGUUGCUCAUAUUGUAGAGCUGAAGCCUUUUUGUAGGUGGAGUAUUUCUGAAGGCUUUCAAAACAUUAAAAUAAAAACCCAAAUUGGAACUAUCUCCUCCCUUCCCCAUUUACCCUUAAUUCCUAUUCCAGAAUAGGAUGAAACUUUGGACAUGAGUUCAAGGGGCAGAUGAAUUUUUGGCAUUGUGCUUUUUCUUACUCAGAAUCUGUUUAUUGGGUUACUGCCCCCAUAAAAAGUAAACAUGACUUCAAGUAUUUUUUUAUAAACAACUCAAUAUAAAACAUAGACAUAGUGUUUGUUUCUUUUCCUCUGGUGUAAGUUUGAUUUUAAAACAUUGGAAAUGUGUGCUUUUAGCGUUUACUGAAGUGACAAGAAAGUAAAGCAUUCAACACACUAUAGAUUCCAAAACAUAACAUUGCACCAAAUAGAAAUGUAUAUUUUAUUAUGCAAUGCCUUAGUCAUAAACUGGGCUCAAACAGUUCUCAGCCUCAAACACUGUUGUCUUUUAAUAUGCUUCCAACCCAAAGGCCUUUCAUCUCAGUAUCUGUCAAACUUGAAUAACGUCUUCUCUCUACUAUUACACACGAGGCAGCCUAUUAACCUGUGUCUCAGAAUUGUUGUAUAUAGUUCUUUUAAUAUCCAUAGGGUAUAUUUUUGAAUUUUGGUGAGUAUUUGUUGAACUUGAGAUUGCAUACAAUAGAUGUUUAAGAAAUAGUAGGAAGUCCGGUGAGACGGCUGUUUCCAUCCAGAACUCUUAGCACUGCUGUAAAUAUCAUGGUGCCUACCCGAAAGGAAUGUAGAUGCUAUGCAUUUUGAGAAUAAUCUGCAUCUGUUAAAACUGCAGAGGUUUUUUUAAUGCCACUUUAACACUAAUGCACUGACAGAUUCUAAAUAUUUUGUGAGAAAUGUUGAAAUUUUUAACUUGAUAGGCUUCUCUAUAGUGUUUUCCUCCCUGCUCAUUGGUUAUGUUUAUCACUUUACAGUUGCAUGUUCAACUUGUCAUAGCUGGAAUUACUGUAUAAAAAGAACGUGAUUGUGACUUCUAGUUUUCCUAGAGGAUGCUGCUAGAGGUGGCUUAGCUUUGCUUUUUGUAGCUCUUCCCCAUCAGUGCUGUGUCUGAUCUGCUUUUUUGGUCUGCAGUAUUCACUAGAGGCUCCUUUGCAUGUUGUGUUCUGUUCUCAUUUAGAGAUUGGACUCAGACAAGUUAACACAGUAUUCACUCAUCUGUGUUACUUUGUGAAACUAACUGUACUUUGUAUUUCUUAAUCGUAUAUAUCAAUGUGAAAAUCUACCUUUUUUUUUUAAAUGUUGCAAUUAUCUUGUGAUCAGGCAGCUUGAAUGCUAUGCAAUUAGUAGUAUUGUGAUUUUCUUUGCAUGUUCUGUGUAAUAUACCUAACCAGAAAUAGAUGAUGUGGCUUUUGUUUUGGGGGGCAGAUUACUUAAAAGCGAAUACAGUUAACUUGAAUAUGACAAAUGGAAGCAGACAGUUUUCUGGGUCCUCUGAUGCUUGUGGGAAUGUUUGGCUGUCAGCUAGGCUCAGUGAAGCUCCACUGUACUGUAAUGAUGGUGUUUACCUCUGUGUUGUUCCAAAUACCCUCAUGUCUGUGUAACUGCUGAUUUGAGUAGUGAUUAGCAUUUAGAAAUUUUGUAACAUAGGACUUUAGAGAGCACUUUGAAAGAUAACAUUUUAUUAAUGAUGGUGCUAGGUAAAAAUUUUAUAGGCUGGGAUGUGCUGAAAAAAAUUGAGAACCUAUUUUAAAGGAAUUUGUUGUCUUCUAAGAUAGAAUGGUUGUGAAGGUCUGUGUUGCGGUGCUUCAGUAUCAGUGGCUGGAUUCUGGAGUAAGGACUGUAGAGGAGCUUCUUCUUAGUCCGUGCUUUUUAUGUAGAAUUGGCUUUAUUGCGUAGUUUCAAGAUGAAAAUCACCUUUUGAUAUAAUAGAUUUAGAAGUUUGAUACAUGUUUGGUCUCAGGAGUCCAAAAGAAGUAGCUGUUUCCAAUGUCCUGUGUUUUUCUGACUGGGCAAAUGUUUAAAAAUUGGACAGGAAAGAAUAAUGCUUGGUUUCUUACAGUGGCUCUGUCUCACCUUAGUGAAGAACAGUGGUUAGUAGCUCCUGAGGGAAGCUGAUGAGCUUGUUUCCUUACCUGACCUCUGGGAUGUGACGAAUGAGCAGUGAAAGAACUCUAUCUAGCCUGUGGUACUUUCUUUGUGACCUCUGACUUCAGUAGUUUUAAAAUGAUCAAUCUUGUAUGAAGGUCAGUUUUCUUCCUUUAGGUAUGUGUUUAGGUGUAUUCAUCCAGGGGAUUUUGCCUUAUCCUAAGGUCAGACUAGUGCCAAGCAAGCCUUUUUUCGUCACAUGAACUGACCUGUCAUACUGUAUUUUGAAACAUACUGUAUUCUACACAAGGAAAGGGGGAAAAUGACAACUAAAAGUUCUUUGUAUUGUAGUUGGGAAAUGAUGAAACCUUAUGAUGGGAUACAUUUUGAAGAAAUGCUUCCACUGACCAAAGCUCAUCUGUUUUGUUUAGGUGCUUUAGUUGUACUAGACCCCGCCUCUUCCUUCUAGUACUGUGUCUCUUCAGGUUACUUCCUCUCAAGGCACAUCCUCCAUUCUUGCCCUGUGUACUCCUCGGCAGCCUUCGUGUUGUUUCCUCUAAGUUUGUUUCCUAGCAGGACUCAGUUCAUAGCUGCUACAACCUGACAGGAGUAGGUUUUCCACAGUGCACAGUGCUGAGACAGUUUAUGUGCUGCAAACCAUUCUUUGAGCGUAGCAUUUUCUUUGGCCCAAGGGUGAACUAAAAUGCCUGUGAACUGCAAACUCGCUUGUGAUUGACUCGGUGCAAUACAGUUCAUUUCUAAACAUUUCUGGUUUAGAAAAUACUCAGCCAUCCUGGAAACUAGCAAUAUUUAUUUUGCCUCAUUUUACCUUCAAUUUUAGAUGAGGUGAAGUUUGUCUUUCACUUAGGGUACUUGCAAGAUCCAUUUUAGUGUAGCUGAAGAGAAAGCUAUAUUUCUGUUUACUGUAUUUUGCUUCCUAUUUUAUGUCUUAUUUUUUUUUAAAUCUUCAUAAUGGCUCACUUGAGUAUGUCAGUUUGAAAGAGCUAAGAUUUUCCUACUUAGCCAUUGGCUUUCCCACUAAUUGGGGCUUUUUUUUUUUUUCUUUUAAAGUUUCCACUUUCCCUAAAAUUACAAGUUUUAGAAAAAUCCUGUAAGAGGGUGGGUGCAUGUCUUAAUGCUGAGAAGCAGCAGCUUUGGGGUUGAAUUUACUUGAAUGGUUUAAAAAUUGCAUUGUUACAAAGUUAGAAAAAAAUUUAUGUAUGGAAAAAUGAUCCUAGCCUUACACUGAGUACAAUAAUACUUAUAAGCAUGUGAAGAUGUGAUCAUUUGUGAUGUUACUUGUAAAAGCAUAUAUACAUAUCUAUACAUAUCUUUUGAAGUGUUGAAAGGAAUAGUACUUUAUAUUCUUUAUCAUACCACUUUUGUAAGUGUUGAAUAUAUUGCUGUUUAUUUUUCUAUGUUCUGUUUCGUAGCCUUAAGAAGUGUUUCAAACGAUCUGAAUGUAUAAACCAAGUCAAUGCCCUACAUGGUGUGAUGCUGCAUUAUAUAUACAACCGUGUGCAUAUAUUAAAUUCUGUCUGUCGAUUCUGCUUGGGAUUCUUUGGUCUUUGGGUAACCCAAUAUAUCACAUGUAAUUCUGAGGAUAAGUCUUAGUAAACUCUUGAAAAUUACAUUAUUUCCAUGUAUUUUUCAUGCUGGCACAUAGUUACAGUAGGGACAGCUGAAAUGGGAUUUACACCUAUUGGACAGGUGCUGUUUUUCUUUAUGUAUUGCAGAGCUUUGGCCCUGUCAUGGAGCUAGUAAGUGGUGGAGUUGUACUUCCAGGGUAAAUGGUGUUACAGCUAGAGUUCCACCAUCUCUUUUAGCGCACUGAAGCAGGGUGCAGAACACCUCGACAUUCAUAGGCUAAUGGACAUCUUUAGUUUUUUGUCCAUCCCUCCUAUCCCCCCCCCCCCCCCGCCCAGUUCAGUCUUUUUUGAAAGACUGAACAAAUUGGAAACAGAAAUAAGGUUUUCAGGUAUACUGAAAUACUUUGAAAUCUUUACUUUUUUGCAGUCUUGGGAAUUGAGAUACAAGCCAAGUAUAUUUUAGGCAGGUGUUCAACCUCUGAAUUCUGUUACUGGUCCUGAAAGAGAUGAUUUUCUUAAGUGCAUGUUCUCCAUUAAGUAGUUUAUUAAAAAUACUGCCAUGUUCUUGCUGAAAUUAUGAACUUCCUCAGGAAAGUGGUUUUCUCAGAAGCAGAGCUCAAAACUGCUCAUUCAGUGCAGAUACUUGAUGGAAACUGCUCUAGGGUCAGUCAGGGAGCUAUAGGAGUCUUUUUUUUUUUUUUAAGAUUAUAUGUUGAACUUGUGCAUAUGAGUACAGGUGCCCUUUGACGCCAGUGGAAUGGAUUCCCUGGAGCUGCAGGCAUUUAUAGCAGCCCGACUUGGGCUGACCCAGUAUGCCCUGUGGGGUGUCUUGUGUGCACUUCCCAUUUGAGUUUUUUAGUACAGUAUGUUUUGGUCAUAUUUUUCUACUCUCCCAGUUUCAACCAGAUCCUCCCCACCUCCCUGCUCACCCAAAUUCUUGUUUUUCCCUCAGAAAUGAACAAAAAGCAAAAAUAGAGAACUCCAAUAACACAAAAUAUACCUGCCCAGGUGGGCGGUGUUAGUGCCCGACUUGAGUCUCAACACUUGGAAGGCAGAGGCAGGCAGAUCUCUUCAGUUUGAGGCUAGCCUGGUUGACAUAGUGACUGUCAGGACAGCCUCCAAUCUACAGAGAGAAACCCUGUCUUGGAAACCCCAAAAUAACCUAAUAAAAAUUGCACCUGCUCUAAAGGAGUGCCUUUUGUUUUGGCUGACUGUGGGCAUGGGGUCUGCCCUGGGGCGUGGUGGAGAUGCACAGUGACAUCAUGGGAGAAAACUCUUUCCCUUUCAGCAGCUUUCAGUUGCAAAUAGCUUCCUGGUUGGGUGGGACUUGGUGUCCACCUCCCUUUUCAGGGAUGGGACUUUGGUUUGAACCCAGUGCCUGCUGUCCUAUCUCUGAGUUGGUGUGUGUAUCAGUCCUUUUGUCCUUUUUUCCCCCAAGACAGGUUUUCUCUGUGUAUCCUUUGCUGCCCUAGAACUCUCUGUAGAUCAGGUUGACCACUGCCUUUCAAGUGCUCAGAUUAAAGGUGUGUACCACCACCACAACCCUUUAUAUACAGGCUUUCCUACUGCUAUAUAAUUAUGUUUAAUAAUCUGAAUUUAUAUUUUCAAAUUUCACUUGCAUGAAAAGUAGUAUCUUAUUAAUAUACCUUGUCAUUAGCAACUAAAAUGGAUUAACUUUGUUUUCUUUAGGACAAUUCUAAAUCAGUAAAUGCUUAGUUUCUCUGCAUUCCAUGUGUCUGCAGUAUUAAAAAAUUAACCUAUCCUUAAAAUACUUCACUAUAAUCUUAUGCCUACAUUAAAUGCAUAAUGAAUGUGAAAGAAUGAACACAAGUAAUCUCAGUAAUGAAGGGAGAAAAUUUUUAUUCCAUAUAUUUCUGUAUAUUUGCAUUGUUUUACAACAGAUACGUAUUUAUGGAUUAUUCAUAUAAAUUCAUUUUAGAAUGCCUAAUGGGGUCCAGUCAAAAACAACUUCCUAUCAUUAAUCAAAUUAAUCAAGAUUAUUAAGAUUCUAAUAAUCUAAUAAUAGUUUUGCCAAAUCUAUUUUUCCUGUUCUGCUGGCCCCAUUAUUCACUGUAAUCUACCUUCCUCAUAAUUCUAGUUCAGCAUAUUAGUAAGGUUUGGAUAAUGUCCUUUGUAUCCACACCUACAAAUGAAUAUGUUCUGCAGCAGUGGAAACUUUGUAUUGCUAUUUCUGGCACUCAUUGGAGAAGUGGCUUAAGGUUGCCCUUGGUUGCUCAACAGAAAAAUCUGUAGUCUAUAAAAACAGAAGGUUGGGGAGGCGGCUCAGUUGGUAGAGUGCUUUCCUAGCCUGAGGAGCCCUGGUUUGAUUCUCAGCACUGCAUAAUCCAAGCCUGGGUAAUGGGCUCAGUUCAAGGUUGUCCUGGGCUACAGGACACUGUCUCAAAACAAAACUAAAAACAAAACCCUAACAUCCAGAUACUUAAGUCACCAACUGUAAAGACUUUAUAUCUGUAGGGGUAGGGGUGUGAGUGUAUGUAUGUAUAUACAUACAUACAAAUCUCUGUGCUGGAGCCAGUCAAUUGCUGUCCACCUAACUUGUUGAGACAGGAUCUUUCCCAGAACACAGCACUCACAGAUUAUGUUAGGCUGGCCAGCCCUGCUCUAGGAUCUGUCUGACUUCCCUUCCCAGGACCAGUAUUAGAAUCCUACUGUCUAAUAUCUGGUCCUCAUGAGUGUGCAGUUGGCAUUUUACUGACUGAUCCAUCUCCCCAGCCCAAGUAGUUUUAUAGGAAGCAAAUACUCAGAAAUACCUCCUCCCAUCUUGAUUAUAUAAAUUUAUGUUUACAAAGUAAAUCUUAUAGAAUGUAAAAACCCAAAAACCUAGAGUUAAAUUAGGGUACUGAAAUAAUUUUUGACAGAUGUUCAAAAAUACCCCCCCCCCCAAAUUUUAAAAA